ACAGAAAGUUUAGGAGUUGUGGUGGGACUACCGGUUCUUUCUUUACAGUAUGACAGACCAAGCAAUGUGCCCUGACCUCUGCAGCACCACCUGCAAUUUCUGCUCUUUUAGAUGGCGAUAGGAAAUAUUCCUUACAUGAGGAAAUGACGAUAAAUGUCAUUAUCAGUAUGGGGAUCCUCUUCCUGAUGGACAGGGCAUGCGCAAUGACAGACCAGUAUAGUGUUAUGCUUGAUGCUGGAAGUUCUAGUACAAAACUCAGAGUAUAUUCAUGGCCUGAGCGAACAUCCACUUCAUCAAAAUUUUACAUAACAGAAAAAUAUUACAAAAAAGUAAAACCAUCAUUGAGUUCAUUUCAGGAUAGUUUAGGUUCACUUCCAGAAUAUAUAAAGAGUUUGAUUUCGAUUGCUGAAUCACAAGUGCCUUCUCACCGUCAUAACAGGAGCAAUAUUUAUCUCUUUGCGACUGCAGGUCUUCGAUUUGUAGAGGAAGAAAAAGCUAUGAACUUAAUGAACAGUGUUCGACGUAUAUUGUCUGACAAAAGAAACCAUAAAUUUAUAUAUAGCGAUAGAAGCGUCCGAAUUCUCUCUGGUGAAGAGGAGGGUGUGUUUGCUUGGAUUACUGCUAAUUACCAUAAAGGAUUCCUCUCUUCUAAUCAAUCACAAUCGAAAGCAGUGGGUGUUCUCGAAAUGGGAGGCGGAUCCACACAAAUCACAUUUUUACCAGACGGACCUCUCUUAGCUCACAUGUUUCCAGUUCGAAUUUCUGGACGUAUAUUCAAUCUCUACUCGCACAGUUAUUUAAAUUUUGGAACAAAUUAUAUGGAGAAAAGGAUAAAAGAACAUCUUAUCGAACAAAACCCUCACAACACGGAGAUCCUAAAUCCGUGUGCAUUGAUAAAUGACAAUAACACAUACCACUUUAAAGAAAAAUCUGUGAUAUUUCAGGGAUCUAGUUCUCCCUCUGAGUGCCUUAAUAUCAUAUCAAUGUUUCUAAGAGAUUCUCAUGACACUUGUUAUCCGAAGCCGUGUGCAAUAGGUUCUAUUUACCAGCCUUCUACUGGAUCAGGCAUAUUCUAUGCUACUGCAAGUUUUGCCUUCAUUGCUACCGAUCUAAAUGCCACAGAUUCUUCAGGGAAGCUUAAUAUCGACAAACUAAACAAAACUGCAUAUAAAUAUUGCAGUGAGAGUAUAGAUUAUGCAGUAUCCUUUUACAAAGUGCGGGCAGAGUUUGCAUCUAGUACCUGCAUGAUGGGACUGUAUAUUACAGAGUUACUUACCUUUGCUUACGGGUUUCCGGUGAAUACAGAUAGAAUAUAUUCUGCUCAGAAAAUCAAUGGAAAAUCUCUAGACUGGCCUUUUGGUGCAACGCUAUACGAGGCUGAGCUGAUGGCCAGGGAUUAUCCUUGUCCCCCCAUUUCCUCGAUGAUCAGUGCAGGAGUGUCUCUACAAGGCCUCAAACUAAGUCUACUGGAACUUUUACUCUUCCUUUGUCUUUUUUCUUUCCACUUAAACAUUUGACAACGUAGGAAAUCCUGGACAUUUUCAACAGCAGCUAUAUAGUGUCAGAUGACCACAAUUAUGUAUUGUAAAUUAUAGACACGUUUUUACUAAUCUGUGUGAUUUUUAAACAGAAUUUUGAAAGAAAUAUAUAUAAAAAACGUAUUG